GGGCUAGGAACAAGACUACUAGAAAGAGGAUAAAUCUCAGAUAUGUAAUGAUGAAAUGAAAUCGGCAGAAAAAUAGCAGUGCAAAGAAGUCUAGCAAGAGAAAGAGAUCCAACUAUCCUACCAAUAGAGAACCUCUAAUGACAAGGUUCAAUUCAGAAGUUCCUUUUGAAUGUACGAGCAAAUCUAAAGCUAGUGAAUACCGCUCUCGGACACUUGGAUUCAAUGCUAAUCUUACGAAUGAUACUAGAACUAAGGCCAAAGCAGAGAAAAAACCAAAGAAAUUCAGCAACAAAACCUUCCACAAAAUGCCUGAUUGAAAAAUUUUCUUUCCUUCAAAAGGAUUAGUAGGGGAGAUAGAAAGUAGGUUCAAAGAAAAGCCAAAAUUUGUGAUAAUACCGAAGGAAAAAUACAUAAGAAUGAGCCAAAGAAAUCACUUUGAUAAUCAAACUCUUAAAUACUCUUCUACUGGAAGACAAAGUCGAAAAAUUAUUGUAAAUGAUUACCAAAGUGAUAAGUUUCAAAGAAGUUCAUUAUCUCCUGUGAGAGAUCCUCAGAGGAAGAUAAUCAGGAAUAAAUAAACACAGAAAUUCUAAUGACCAUCGAAGACAAAAGAUUGCUGCAAAUACAACUUCUUUAAUUCAAAAUUCUAUUAAAGUGCAGAGAUCUAACCGACCAAGAACCAGAGAUGUGAAGAAGAGGUAUGCCUUAGAGCCUUUGGUAGCAUAUAAAGCUGCUAAAAUUCCUUUAAAAUAAGAGAGAAAAGCCUCAUAUAAAGUUAAAUGGGUUUAAUGAUAACCCAACAGAAUGCUCUUUUGACGCUAAAAGUAUCGGGAAUGCGAGCAUGAAGUACAUUGCUCACAUUGAAAAUAAUACCAAUUGAGGAAGCAGCUAUAAUAUAUGAUCAGGAUACGGAAAUGUAGAUGACUUUAAUAAAACUCUAAUACAGAACAAGCAUUACUGGCAUGAUCGAAAGGCUAAGAUGAUAUAAUGCUAUUAAACCUUA